GCGCAGGCGCACUCCCGGCACGCGCGCCUCUCGCUGCCUAGCCUCCGUCCCGGAUCCUUUGCCGCAGCGUCAGCGCCGCCGCCGCCUCUUUUCCUCAUCCUCCGCCUCCUCGGCCUCUGCCUCCUCUUCCUCCUCCGCCCCCUCCUCCUCCGCCUCCUCCUCCUCCGCCUCCGCCGCCUCCCCCGACGCGGCGCCCGGAGCCCGUGCCCAGCCUCCGGCCGCGCGGUGCCAUGCUGCCCCGGCGGCGGCGCUGAAGGAUGGCGACGCCUGUCCCUCCGCCCUCCCCGCGGCACCUGCGGCUGCUGCGGCUGCUGCUCUCUGGCCUCGUCCUCGGCGCGGCCUUGCGCGGUGCGGCCGCCCGCCGCCCGGAUGCAGCCGUCUGUCCUGGGAGCCUGGACUGUGCCCUGAAGAGGCGGGCGCGGUGCCCCCCGGGUGCACGUGUCUGUGGGCCCUGCCUUCAGUCCUUCCAGGAGGACCAGCAGGGGCUCUGUGUGCCCAGGAUGCGCCAGCCCCAGGGGGAGGGCUUGCCCCAGCCCAGACUGGAAGAGGAGAUCGACUUCCUGGCCCAGGAGCUAGCCCGGCAGGAGGCGGGGCACUCCAGGCUCACGGCCCCACCCCAGCCUGAGGGGCGACUGCGGCUCCUGGAGGCUGCAUCCACCCUGGGGCUCUCAGAGCGUGGCCGGGGCCCCAACCUGGGCCUCCCCUCCACGCGGGGAGCGCCCACGCCCCGCACCUCCUCCCUGCGCUCCACUGUGUCAUCUGGGCCUGUGCACAUGUCCCCGCUGGAGCCGCGGGGCGGGCGCGGUGACGGCCUUGCCCUCCUGCUGAUCGUGGCGUGCUCCGUGGCCGGCGCGGCCGCCCUUGCCGUGGCCGUUCUCUGCUGGUGUCGGCUGCAGCGAGACGUUCGCCUGACCCAAAAGGCCGACUAUGCGGCCCCGCAGGCGCCCAGCUCCCCAGCCACGCCCAGGAUCUCGCAGCCCGGGGACCAGCGGCUGGCGCACAGCGCGGAGAUGUACCACUACCAGCACCAGAGGCAGCAGAUGCGGUGCCUGGAGCGGCAUAAGGAGCCCCCCAAGGAGUUGGACUCCGCCUCCUCCGACGAGGAGAACGAAGACGGCGACUUCACGGUGUACGAGUGCCCCGGCCUGGCCCCGGUGAGUGCGGGGGUGGGCGGUGGGUGUCCCUCCCCAGCCCUGGACCCACCUAACGCCAGCGUUCGCAGACUGGAGAGAUGGAGGUGCGGAACCCACUGUUCGACCACGCCUCGCUGUCCGCGCCCCCGCUGCAGUGACCCGAAGGCUGAUGCCCACCCUCUCGUGGAUGCGCGGCCCACGGGGGGGGAGGGGCAGGCCCCAGCCUUUGCCAUUAAAGAGACUGUGUCCUGACACGCGUGUGCUUGCGGCUGGGGCCCCGGGGCGGCUGGGAAGCCCUUGCCGGGGAGACUCCCCCUGCUGCCAGGGACCUUCUCUGCUCCUUGCACCUGCCCCCUCACAUCUGGACACCCCCAGUCGAGGGGAGGAAGACAACCCGAGAGACAAGGCACGGAUUGGGAGUCCGGGAGACAAGCCAAUUAAAGUACAUUUCAAAACUUUG